AUGCAGCUUGCUAUUAGUAAGCCAGGAAUUCUUAUAUCGGAAAAGGAUUGCAAGCUUACCAAAUGCAUUAUUGUAAAGCAUGAUAUUUCUGGAACUAAGAUGAAAGAAGAAAGACCAGUCUAUAAGAUGUAUGCGUUCCGGUUUGUUGAAGCUGGCCUUCGUCGAGCGCUUUGGUACUUUGGCCGAUCAUUACCAACUAAAAAAGCCUUAUUUCUGUGUCUUCCGAUUACAUUUGUAUUACUAUCAUUGAUUGGACCUAUAGUACAUCGUCAACGGAUGAAUCUCUCAUUACCUUUUGAUACAUUUGUUUCCUGUUCCAAUGACCAUUAUCCAGCAUCUGGACAUAACAAUCUUCGCUUGACCACACGUGGUAUUCUGUCUUUUAAUGGUUCCAAUCCAGCAUAUAACGUUAUUAGACGUAAUUCACCAGCUGAAUUUGCUAUAAUUAUGCGAUCAAAGUGA